AUGGAGCUCAGAAGCGAAGAGUCCGGAAGAGCAAAUGAAAUGAAAAUGGCAAUAGAACGUUUGGAUCGUGAGUGUUGUAAAAACAAGAAAAUAUCAGAUGAACAAGAUAAAACGAUAAAUGAAUACACUGCAAAAAUCGAAGAGAAAAAGAGAGAGUUGGAUGAAUUGACAGAAUACUUCAAAAAGUUUCAAAAUGGAAAAGAGGAGUCUGAUGUCAAAAAGGAAGUGCUUCCUGUGGUCAAUGGAUUGGACGAGUGA